AUCGUGAUUGUCUUACAUUGGUCCUCAACCAGUAAAUCCAGCGACUCUUGCAAUGGUGGCCAACUUUUUAUCUACGGUGGUGUUGAAACAGGAUCUGACGAAGUUUUAACAAUUGUGACACUAGAAUGGUCAUCGUCUAAAGCUGAGAGAUUAAAAUGUGCUGGUCGUAUGGACCUCACGCUUACUGGCUCCUUCGCUGACAUGAUUGUAAUGCCAAAUGGGGGCUCAAGUGCCAGGGAUAAUCAGCACAAAGAUGCUCUUACUGUAUUGACCAGCCCUGGCCAAUUGCAUCAUUUUGAUGGUGCUAGCUUAUCUUUCUUACUGUCUCAUCAAGAUAGGAAAGCAAUGGUUAUCUCUCUGGAAUUCCCAGCUAUAGUGCCAACAGUUGGUCCGCCCAUGACUGCAGCAAGAUUCAUUGCAUUGCCAAUGCAUGCGAACUCUCUAAAACUUUCAUCCGGGGUUGGUUUAGCUAAGAAGCGAAGCUCCAACUCAGUGGCUGCUAGCCCAAAGAAGAGGUCAAUAGGGACGCGGACUCAUUCUACUGAAAGCAUUGGUGUUGAGAGAGUGUACAUAGCAGGAUAUCAAGAUGGAUCUAUGCAAGGAGUAGAGCUUGUGGCUUUCGGUGCUCCAGUAACAUCCUUGGACUUCUGCUUGGACACGUUGCUAUUGGUUGUAGGAAUUGACCAUGGUCUGGUUCGUGUUUAUAAUUUGAAUGAGAGCUCGAAUGAAGCCAGCUUUUGGUUUGUUACAGAAAGUACACGUGAAAGUAAGUUAAAAUCUAACCUCAAUAUAAAGUGGAACUUCAAGGACAAGAUGGAGAAGAUUAUGAGCUGCGAUAGUGGGCACAUUGCAUUAUACACCUUAACUUCCCAGGAUACCGCAAUCACUUCCUUCUCUCAUGAUAAGGUUCUUGCAGCUACUGCAUUUAAGGUCUCCUUUAAUCAGAAGAAAAAGCAGGAUACUACUAAACCAGGAAUCCUUGGCUGUCUUGCCAAAAGCUUCAAAGGCUGUAAACCUGACCAGAACCUGGAUGCUUCUCAAAUGUGUCAUACCUACAAUUUCUCCCAUCUUGAGGGUUUGUUUGCCAAGCCGCCCGCAUUACCAGACUCGACAUCUCGCGAACCACAACAGCCAGAAUCUGACCCAUCAUCUCUUACUCCUCCAAUCAAGAGCGAGAAAGCAGAGGAGCUUAGUAUAGACGACAUUGUGAUAGAUGACCUGCCGCCUCCUCUGCCCCAACCAACGACAACCACCUCGAAAUAG